AUGGACCAGAUCAAUCACCUUCUCGGCAAACUGCCCGCCGUGCCGCACUGCGGCCUGGUGCUCCUCGCCACUGUUGGCGGUCUCUUUGUCGCCUCCAAGCUGCUGAGCUACCUGCGCCUCGUGCUCGGCUCCUUUAUCCUGCCGGGCACAAACCUCCGAAAGUACGGCAAGCGCGGCACCUGGGCCGUCGUCACCGGCGCCUCGGAUGGCCUCGGCAAGGAGUUUGCCAGCCAGCUCGCCGCCAAGGGCUUCAACUUGGUGCUCGUAUCCCGCACGCAGGCCAAGCUCGACACCCUCGCCGCCGAGAUCACGACCAAGCAUGCGGCCAAGGCGACACAGGUCAAGACGUUUGCGAUGGACUUUGCGCGCGACGACGACGCCGACUACGACAACCUCGCCGCGCUCGUUAAGGGUCUCGAUGUCGGCAUCCUCAUCAACAACGUCGGCCAGAGCCACAGCAUCCCCGUGUCCUUUCUCGAGACGCCCCGCGACGAGCUGCAGAGCAUCGUGACCAUCAACUGCCUGGGUACGCUCAAGGUGACGCAGGUUGUCGCGCCGAUCCUGAAGCAGCGCAAGAGUGGCCUCAUCCUAACCAUGGGAUCGUUUGGCGGCUGGACCCCGACCCCGUACCUGGCGACCUACUCGGGUAGCAAGGCGUUUCUGCAGCAGUGGAGUAACGCGCUGUCCUCGGAGCUGGCCGACGACAAUGUCGACGUUCAGCUCAUCCUUAGUCACCUCGUCACCACGGCCAUGAGCAAAAUUCGCCGCGCCAGCCUGCUUGUCCCCAACGCCCGCCCCUUUGUCAAGGCCGCCCUCGGCAAGGUUGGAACGGGCGGAUACCAGACUGCGCCCAGCACGUAUACCCCGUGGUGGAGCCAUGCUUUUAUGCUAUGGUUUAUCGAGAACAUUCCCGGCGUCAACAGCCCUCUGACUAUCUCCAUCAACAAAGGCAUGCACGUGGAUAUCCGCAAGCGUGCUCUGCGCAAGGCUGAGCGUGAGGCGAAGAAGCAGUAA